UCCUCCUAAAACGAGGUGCCCCCAUGUGCUCUCCAUUCAUUAAGUGGCAAUUGGCAAUUGGUAAUUAGAGGAACACAGAUCUGCCCUUUGUUUAAUUUGCUUCAGAAAGUCUCCCAACGUCCAUAUAUAUAUAUAUAUAUAUAUACUCGUAGUAACUAGUCAAACUAUAUAUCUUGCAAUCCCACUCUAUUCCACGUCCAUGCUAUAUGGAUCUCAACCAAUCAUUGUUCAAGCAAAUAAUAUAAUUAAUGUAUUGUAUAUUUUAUUAAUAUUAGUGGCGUGACUUGUGCUAUGUACAAGCAAGCAAAAAGAACAAAAAUGAUAAUUUAUUUGAAGGUUACAUGAAGAUACAUAGGACACCCAUCUCUAUAUAUAUGCCAGCAUUGAUGGAAGAGCUUACCCUUGUCGUCCGCCAAAGCUUGCAUUCCAUAUCCACAUCCAGCCAAGUUUCAUGUGGGAUUCAUCAACCUUUUCUCUCAGAUCAAUCGUUCUCUCCGACAUUAUACGAUUCGUGAUAUAUAUAUAUAUAUAUAUAGAUUCUAGGCUCAACAUCUCUGACGAGAGAGCAAAAUAUUAUUAAGCCAGCCAUGGGCUUCGGAAUCGGAAUGCAUCAAUAUAACCAGAAUUCGUGGGCUUGUCUGAUCGUCGUGGUUUCUGCGUCGCUAAUUCUUUCUGCAAGCUUCUGCUCGGCGAUUGCAGGCAAUGCAUAUACUUCGGGCAACAAGAACACGAGUAGUACGAUGAAGACGGAGAACUGGAAAUCGAGUGGAAGAGAUUAUGACAACUGUAAUAUGUACGAAGGGAGUUGGGUUUAUGAUGAGGCUUAUCCUCUAUACGACUCAUCGGGAUGUCCUUUCAUUCGCAAGGAAUUCGAUUGCCUCAAGUACGGCCGCCCUGAUCGUACCUAUCUUCGAUACAGAUGGCAGCCCAUGCACUGCGACCUCCCCAGGUUUGAUGGAGGAGAUUUCCUGAGAAGAAUGAAGGGAAAGAAGAUAAUGUUUAUUGGGGACUCGGUGAGUCUGAAUCAAUGGCAAUCGCUCGUGUGCCUUCUUCAUGCUGCUGUUCCUAGUACAUCAAGCAUCAUUCGUUAUACCAAUGGCUCCAUUUCUACAUUUAUAUUUCAGGAUUAUGAUGUUUCGGUGAUGCUAUAUCAUUCUCUGUACUUAGUAGACAUUGAAACGGAUCGAAUCGGUCGAGUUCUCAAACUGGGUUCUCUUAAAAACGGCGACGUAUGGAAGGACAUGGACAUUUUGAUCUUUAAUACUUGGCUUUGGUGGUAUCGUAGAGGAAUUAUGCAACCAUGGGACUACAUUCAGGAUGGUAAUAAAGUGGUUAAGGACAUGGAUCGAAUGAUUGCUUUUAGGAAAGCCUUAAUGACAUGGGCAAAGUGGAUUAAUUCAGAGAUAAAUCCUCAAAAGACCAAAGUCUUCUUUCAAGGAAUAUCUCCUUCCCAUUACGAUGGCACAGAGUGGGGUGAAGCCGGAGUGAGCAACUGUGGAAAGGAGAUAGAACCCGUAAAGGGUUCAUCUUAUCCAAGCGGCUUGCCAGCUGCAGCGGUGGUACUGAAACAAGUGUUGAGCCUGGUUUCAAAGCCUGUACACUUGCUUGAUAUAACGAUUCUUUCGCAGCUAAGGAAAGAUGCGCACCCCAGUAUUUACCAUGGCUUCAAGGGAAUGGACUGCACGCAUUGGUGCAUUGCUGGGCUUCCAGACACCUGGAAUCAACUGCUCUUCGCAGCUCUCGUGCAUGGAAGCGAUUACCAAAACCACUCAAGGCACUAGGCACUGGACACUGGACACUGGGCGCUGUCAGAGUCAAGUAUUCUUUGUUUUCUUAUUCACAUAUGCGUACCAUUUGUAAAACUGCAUUGACAGUUUUAAUCCCAAUAAUUUACUCAAGGAUGCCAGUGGUCAUAACUUCCCUAAAUUAUAGUUUAAUUACUUUCGUGCUGAUGUACACGAGAAAAAUGUAGCAGUGGUAGACGG